AUGCCAGUACAGAGAACUACCCGGAGACCUAGAGGGACAGGAGUUCCCCCCUCGCAGACUACACGGCCUCCGCCUACUAGUACAUCCGGCCUCCACCCUACAGCACGUCGGCCGCAGCCACAUCAAGUACCGACGAAUCAGCGACACGCGGCGGCUACAGAUAACUCCCGAGGCCUGGGCAAUGACUUCGAUCUCGUUCAUGCACAUUGUCGAGUAGCGAUCAACAAUGCUGAAGUGCAUAACCGACAGCUCACAGCGCGGCUCAACGAGCGACAGCGAGAGUUAGCAGCCAGCAGCCAGCGACUAAGCAGGGAGAAGGCGCAGGCCAGUGCCCAGCUCCACCAGCUAUCUUCGGAGAAACAAAGAGCACUGGAGGAAAGCAGUCGCCUGAAGAGAGAGAUUGUUCAAUUUAACCAUCGGCUUGAUAUGGUUGUCAACGAAAGCCACAAUCUGAUAUCUCGCACAGGAGUGCAGGAUAUGUUGAAUGAAAUCCACGCCUCAGCCGAGACAUUCAUGAAAUCCUUGACAACCAGAAUGAGCGACAACGAGAAUGCCCAACUGACCAGACAGUUGCCUGGCUCUGAUGUUGUCCAUGAUCCGUGGACGAACCAAUAUGGCCCGUUUGAAAUGCUGCACGACUCCGCCGGGACUGAGAUUCCUGGCCCUGAAUACCCACUGGCAGACCAGGAGGGACUACCGCCGCUGGGAUCUCACUACGAGUUUCCGGACAUCGAUAUCGAGGGUGCAGUAUAA